AAGCACAGACACGUAAACCGCGCACCUCAGGAGACAGUACUUUCAAGAGUGUCCAGAAAAGCCUGAAAUUCUAACAACUUUCCGGGGAUGGGAGGUCUUGGGUUUUCCCAAGAGUGCUUCUGAGCAUGAACGGAAGUCAGUGUCUGAGCAGUCUCCGGUGAUUUAAUGUAGGUGCCGCGUUCUGGACAGCGUGACCCAUCUCCCUUCUGUUCUUCCGGACGCUUACACCAGUCGGCCAAUUUUAUUUUCUUACGAGAAAAAAAUAGAGUGCAUUCAGAGGCCGCUUCUAGGCAGUGCGAUGCCCCAUCUUCCCACAGUAAAGCUGGCGACGCCCUGAGUAAGUUACAAGCAACUCCACUUCCGCGUUUGUUUGGUGUUUUUUUUUUUUUUUUUUCCCUGCUCCAAGAUGGCGGACGAGGCCACCCGGCGGGUAGUGUCCGAGAUCCCGGUGCUGAAGACUAACGCUGGACCCCGAGAUCGGGAAUUGUGGGUGCAGCGACUAAAGGAGGAAUACCAGUCCCUUAUCCGGUAUGUGGAGAACAACAAGAAUUCAGACAAUGAUUGGUUCCGACUGGAGUCCAACAAAGAAGGGACCCGGUGGUUUGGAAAAUGCUGGUACAUCCAUGACCUCCUCAAAUAUGAGUUUGACAUCGAGUUUGAAAUUCCUAUCACAUAUCCCACUACUGCUCCAGAAAUUGCAGUCCCUGAGCUGGAUGGGAAGACAGCAAAGAUGUACAGGGGUGGCAAAAUAUGUCUGACUGAUCAUUUCAAGCCUUUGUGGGCAAGGAAUGUACCCAAGUUUGGACUAGCUCAUCUCAUGGCCCUGGGGCUGGGUCCUUGGCUGGCAGUGGAAGUACCUGAUCUGAUUCAGAAGGGUGUGAUCCAGCACAAAGAAAAAUGCAGCCAGUGAAAGAUGCAGCCACCGAGGCAGGACAGAGGGACUUUUGAUAGGCUGCUUUCCCGUUUUCUUGUGAAUGGUUCCUUCACCGGGUCACCUCUGGUUGUUACAAAGUAGCCAUAGCUGGAAGGAAAAAUAACAAAACCCGACAAAAGGAUAAGGUCACAAAGUUUCUAAGUUUCACUGGAGGUGAAAGACUUGGGCCUUGAAAUAGGCAAUUUAUAUCCCUUCUCCAAUAAAGCCCUGGAGGCAUCUUGGAGGCAAGGGGUGCAACUGACAGCACAUAGCUUUUUGGUUUGUGUAGACAACCUGGCAAUAAAAGCUGCUUCUCCAGGUA